GCCUGUUCCUCAGUCGGCUUCUUUGACUGCGGGAGGCGUCUCGGGGAUGGGAGCUGGCACCCAGCGACAUACGUCUCUGGAGAGUGGUGGUGCCCCGGUGCCUGUUCCUCAGUCGGCUUCUUUGACUGCGGGAGGCGUCUCGGGGAUGGGAGCUGGCACCCAGCGACAUACGUCUCUGGAGAGUGGUGGCGCCCCGGUGCCUAUACCAGUGGGCUCACUUCAUUUGCCACUUUGAGUCCGUUUGGGUUAUGUUUACAUUCUGUCGAUGGGGUUGACAAUACACCAGCUCGUGUUACAAUUAGCAAUGAGGUCACCAUCUUACUGCUGCUGUUUAUGACUGGAUAG